AAUUCCACCGCGAAAACAACCCGUUGACGUUAAUCACUCUCCAACUAUUUCAAAAGAUGGAAGAUGUUAAGGAUGAGAACUUGUCUCAUAGUAAACCUACGGAUAAAUCUAAUAAUGCCGAAGUGACUGAAGAAUCAGUUAUUAAAGAUGAGACUCUACCAGGAACUACCACCAAGAAAGGAAAAAUUCGUAAAAGAAAAAAAGGACUUCACACAGCAAUCAGGAAUCAGAUGGAAUUUUAUUUUAGUGAUGCCAAUAUAUCAAAAGAUAGAUUUAUGCAGACUGUCAUCAAAGAUGGACCAGAAAUUCUCCUUGAUGUUUUCAUGAACUUUAACAAGCUACGUUCAUUAACAGAAGAUCCAAAAGAAAUUGCUAAGGCUUUGAAAUUUUCUACAAUAUUGAAACUGAGUGAGGACGAGACAAAGGUUUCAAGAAUUACUCCCUUUCGCCCAAAGUCGCAAGAAGAAGUUGACCUCUGCACCUUAUAUGUGGAAAACCUACCACCCCAUGCCACGAUAGAGUGGAUAACCAGUAUAUUUUCUGAAUACGGAGUUGUUGCAUAUGUUUCUUUACCAAAAUUUAAAGAUGCAUCACGAAUCAAAGGAUUUGCAUUUGUUGAGUUUAGUGAUCCUGAUUCUGCUGCCAAAGCUGUCAAUGCAUAUGCAGCAUCAAGUGCCUAUAGGCUACUCUCUGAAGACCCUGGGCAGUUAUGUAGCAUCCGAUCAUUUAAUGCAGAGAAUCAGGAUGGGAAAGCAACAGAAAACAGAGAGAACCCGAAAGCAGAGACAGAGGAAGAGCACAAUAAUGAACCAAAAGCAAAGAGGCAGAAAGUGGAGAAAGAUGAGCCACCAACAGAAGAACUUCUUCCUGAAAAACAGACGGGUGAAAUGAUAGUUGAAGCAAAAACAAUUAACAAAAAUGAAUCAAAAGGUAUUCAAAAGAAAAGACCGCAGUCGCAAAUUUUUAAAGAUGAAGUUGAUCAAGAAAAACACAACUUGUCAUUACAAGUCAUGUCAAAGAAGGAGUGGAAGAAGUUGCGAAACAAGUACCUUGAUAUGCAGCGCAAGUGUGUUCGCCAAAUUCGGAUGAAUUCUCGACGACAAUACAUGAACGAAAACCGAUUCGGUUCUUCCACUGAAGAGCCUGAGCCGCAAACACAUGGGGUUAAACCUGAGCCCUGCCCCGAUUUUGAACCUGGUUUAAUUGUCAAAAUUAUCCUCGAUGAACCUAUUUCGGACGCCAAACGUUUCAAAAGUCAAGUCAAAUGCCAGGAUGGAGUAACCUAUGUUGAAGCGCAAGAUUGCGCCCAAGUUGCUUUUGUACGAUGCACCGAUGAUGCUGCAGCGCAAUCUCUAGUGAAAAAGAAUAUAUGGAGCCAAUCGGAAAUCCUUCAAGGUGAAGAAGAACGCGAUUAUUGGAAAAAGAUUGAAGAGAAUCGAUUAAAGAAACGCGAUAAAUCUUCGCGACCAAAAAAAUCAGGAGCUGAACGAGCACGUCAGAAAAAGGAAUCCAUAAUUGAUGCAGACCAACCCGGUUAUCCGACUCGGGCUGUACAGCAUAAAAAUCUGCACAUUCGCUUCGACGAAGGAAACGACGAUUAGGUCACAUACUCGCCAUGACGGUCUAAAUGAUUGGUUUUAUAAAUUUCUCUUGUUCAAAGAGUACAACAUUCUUGAGAUCUG